AUGGAGAUGUCAGAUGUGGAAAAGACUCCCGAGCGGCUUGCCAGGCGUAAAGGAGGCCUUCGGACCAUGCCUUUUGUUAUAGCAAAUGAGGCAUUUGAAAAGAUAGCAAGUUUUGGACUUCUGCCAAAUAUGAUAUUGUACCUUACAUUCGUGUAUCAUUUUGAUGCUGCAACUGGAACAAGCAUUUUGUUCAUAUGGGGAGCCGCUUCAAAUUUCAUGCCAAUUUUGGGAGCUUUCAUUUCUGAUUCGUAUUUGGGUCGAUUUCUAGUGAUUGGCAUGUCGACGAUUAUCAGUCUUACGGGACUGAUUCUACUGUGGCUAACAGCCAUACUUAAACAGGCAAAGCCACCACCUUGUGAUCCACAUAAAGAAACUUGUAUCAAACCAAAUGCAGGCCAGAUUGCACUUCUUUUCACGUCAUUUGUGCUUAUGUCCAUUGGAGCUGGUGGCAUUAGGCCGUGUUCUUUAGCAUUCGGAGCUGACCAAUUCGACAAACCAGAAAAUCCGAACAAUGAAAGGAUUCUGCAGAGCUUUUUCAGCUGGUAUUAUGCUUCUGUUGGGCUCUCACUCAUGAUUUCAAUCACAGUAAUUGUUUAUAUUCAAACCGAAUUUGGUUGGAUCAUUGGGUUCGGAGUACCGGUUGGCCUCAUGUUGGUGUCUGCCAUUAUUUUUUUCUUGGGUACAAAUCUUUACAUUAAGGAGAAGCCAAACAAGAGUUUGUUUACUGGUUUUGCUCAAGUUAUAGCGGCUGCUUGGAUGAAUAAACACAUUGAUUUCCCAUUAAAGGAUUCUGACGGAUGCUAUUAUCGUGGCAAUAAUUCUAAACUCGUUGCACCAACACAAAGAUUAAGGUUCCUAAACAAAGCCUGCAUUAUUCAGAACAUGGAGAAAGACUUAAACGCUGAUGCUUCAGCUUCAGAUCCAUGGAGCCUAUGCACAAUCCAGCAAGUAGAACAGCUAAAAUCACUGAUCAAAGUACUCCCCAUGUGGUCGACCGGCAUUGUCCUUGCCGUUACCCUUAGCCAACACUCAUUUCCAGUACUCCAAGCAAACACCUUGAACAGACACUUCAUUGGAAACUUUAAAAUCCCUGCCGGUUCCUUCAGCCUGUUUGGAAUCUUUACUUUAACUCUAUGGAUAGCCACAUAUGAUCGAAUCCUCGUUCCUUUCAUAUCAAAGUACACCAAAAACCCGCGUGGAAUUCCUGUCGAAUACCGUAUGGGAAUUGGAUUAUUGAUUUCUUGUCUUGCCACAACCAUGUCAGCAUUGGUCGAAAAAGAGCGCCGCGCAAGAGCCCUUGAGGAAGGCUUGGCAGAAUUUCCAAAAGCAGUAGUGAACAUGAGUGCGAUGUGGCUAGUUCCACAGCAUUGCUUGAGUGGAUUGGCCGAGGCGUUUAACGCCAUUGGCCAGAUCGAGUACUAUUAUUCGGAGUUACCCAAGAACAUGUCUAGUGUUGCAGUGGCACUUUUCACAUUAGGAUUUGCCAUUGCUAACCUCAUUGCAACCUUUAUAGUUACAAUUGUUGAUCAUUAUUCGAAAAAGGGUGGGCAAGAAAGUUGGGUUUCGACUAAUUUGAACAAGGGACAUUAUGAUUAUUAUUGGUGGAUUCUUACCAUUCUUAGUGUUGUAAAUGUGUUCUACUACAUCAUUUGCAGCUGUUUUUAUGGGAAUCUUGAUGAAGAAAAGGUCUGGAACGAGGACAAGGAGGUUGAGGUUGAGGACAAAAAUGGUGCCUUGAUUGAAAUGGCAAAAUCUCCCAAGAUAUUAGCUAUAAAUUGAGUUUUGGUUUUGUUCAUUUUGUUUUCACUGCUUGGCAAAUGACCUCGUGUGGUAGUACUAUGAAUAAGAUUCAACUUUUCUUUUCUUUUUUUUUUUUAGUUCAAUUCAGCACAGUCCAAUUCAUCAAAUAUAUGACGUCAUACGUUUGUUUCCUUACUAGUUCAUGUAAGAAAUUUGCAAAAGUGCACUAACUAGCUCGCGCAUUAGACUUUUUGCAAUUAAACACCACAAAAAUAGUAAAAAGAGGGUGGGAAAUUCUCUCCCGAGCACUCCAACACCCGUACAACCACAAAAUUUGUAUAAGGAAAUAUAAUUGACUAAUGGUCUGUUUGGCAAGAAUUUUUAAAAGUCAAAAGUUGUUUCUGAAAUUAAGAAGUUACUUUUGAAUAUAUUUACAUGUUUUUCUAGAAGUGUUUUGUCUUGCUAGAAAAACUUUUAGAUAAAACUGGUCUAAGACUGCUUCCUCAUAAAACUAUACUAUAAAAAGUAGAAGUCCUGUCAAACAGAACCUAAAAAUGUAGAGAACAUGUAAAUUGUGCAUACCUGGAAAUUUUGUAAAAGAUUCUACUAAAUAAUUAUGAGAGAUUUUUAUUCGAACCAUAUUCAAGAUUUUUAGUAAAUUAGCUCGAAAAAAGCAACAAAUAUUUAAAUUUAUUGAGAACGUUGAAACAAAAUUAACUAAAAGUCUGGAGAGAAAAAGAAUUGCAAUCUAAAUCUAUGCAUGUAAGAGUGAAAUAGAUAAAAAUUUAUUUCACUUAUUGAAAAAGACCCAAUUGGGGACCAAACUUUAAUCAACAUUUUGACAUGAAAAUGAAGGUUGGUACCCAAUUAAUAUAUUCUUAUUAAGGAACUCAUUGUAACCAAAAAUUCCAUAAUUAUAAUGGCAAUCUUUUACAGUGCAGCUCAGGUAUUUCAAUAUACCUCCAAUGUUGAUAACAGGGCACUCUAUUCUAAUCUAUUAAGACAGAAAAUCUUUACAUGAUACCUCGCAAGAGUAAGCAAUAAUUGUGAAUGCGUCGUAAAUAUCAAGAUUUAGCCCUUUUCCAGAAUUUUUACAUACCUUAUUCCAGUUCCUUGAGAAAGUCAAUAUUGUCAACAAAGACCUGCAAGAUUCAAACAAAAUGCAAAUUUUGAAUCAUAAAAAAAUACGCUAUUAUUAUAUCAUUAAUGUCUCUUCACAAAACAAAGGUUCGCGUAACUGGCCUCCAAUAUAUACGUCUAGCAAUGAUUCCAACUACAAACCAAUCCAGGCAAAAAAUAUUUCAUGUUUCUAACCAGACUAAAAUUUUUGCUGACAUGCAAAAAUAUGGACUGAAAGCUCAUCACAAAGAAUUAUCUUUAUCCUGUUCAAUAACUUUUAGUAGCUUCUCAGAGCAAUGCACAACUCUACUACAAUCAGCAAGAAUAAAGAAAGAAAACAAAAGUACAUAAACAGCAUUGGGAACAAUAUGUUUUAGUUUUCUGUUGGGUCAAAUUCAUAAUUGCCUCUCGAAUGACAAUAAUUUCUUUAUGUAGUUAUCUAUUUGUGACUUGCUCAGUAUGGUGUAUAUUACUGGAAGUGCCAAGGAAGAAAAUAAACUAAUUAUUGUUUGUCUAUCUAGUACUUGUAGCGUACCAAACAUGCACUUGGGUUACGUUUGGCAUGCCGUAUUAGACCAGACAAGAAAUCAUUUAAUCAUAUAUGGUGUUUGUUUUGGUGUAAAAAACAAUGGGACUAAAUUAAUCUGGUUGACUUCUACCAUUUUGACCAGAUAAAAUAAUCCAAGUUAGAUACAUGGGUUAAGGGUAGAUUGAAAUCAACUUACAAAUACUCGCUAUCACAAUAACUCUCUUCUAUCCUUUAUAUAGAUACAAAAAGAAGAGCAAUAACCAAAAACACAAAUCAAAAAAUUAAACCAAAAACAAGAACACGUAAAUUAACUUAAUAAGUAACUAAGUAAGUUUCAUAUAAAUAAUUUUUUAUUAAUCAAUCUUAAAAAUAA